AUGGAAAAUAGUUUAAUAUCUAAUUCAAUCGAUACAGAUUUGCAUAUUAUUAGCCACUUACUUAAUAUUCAAUACCAUCUAUUCAAUAAUCAUAAUUAUUAUGAUUUAUUAUGCUCAUCAUCAUCAUCAUCAUCAUCAUCAUCAUCAUCAUCAUCAUCAUCAUCAUCAUCAUCAUCAUCAUCAUCAUCAUCAUCAUCAUCAUCAUCAUCAUCAUCAUCAUCAUCAUCAUCAUCAUCAUCAUCAUCAUCAUCAUCAUCAUCAUCAUCAUCAUCAUCAUCAUCAUCAUCAUCAUCAUCAUCAUCAUCAUCAUCAUCAUCAUCAUCAUCAUCAUCAUCAUCAUCAUCAUCAUCAUCAUCAUCAUCAUCAUCAUCAUCAUCAUCAUCAUCAUCAUCAUCAUCAUCAUCAUCAUCAUCAUCAUCAUCAUCAUCAUCAUCAUCAUCAUCAUCAUCAUCAUCAUCAUCAUCAUCAUCAUCAUCAUCAUCAUCAUCAUCAUCAUCAUCAUCAUCAUCAUCAUCAUCAUCAUCAUCAUCAUCAUCAUCAUCAUCAUCAUCAUCAUCAUCAUCAUCAUCAUCAUCAUCAUCAUCAUCAUCAUCAUCAUCAUCAUCAUCAUCAUCAUCAUCAUCAUCAUCAUCAUCAUCAUCAUCAUCAUCAUCAUCAUCAUCAUCAUCAUCAUCAUCAUCAUCAUCAUCAUCAUCAUCAUCAUCAUCAUCAUCAUCAUCAUCAUCAUCAUCAUCAUCAUCAUCAUCAUCAUCAUCAUCAUCAUCAUCAUCGUCAUCAUCAUCAUCAUCAUCUGGAACUCAAGCACCUAUCUCUUAA